ACGAUUAUAAUGCAAUCUCAACGGAGAAGAAGCUCUGUUUUAGAUUACGAACAGUCCUUAAUGUUUGGUCAAUAUCGAGAAAAAUUGGCUAAUUUUGCGUCAAUUCAGUCCCAAAAGUCUAAUAAACUACGAGAAGAGCGACAAAAGGAAAGUACAAAUAAAGCGCAUCUGAACUCAAGAUGUGCCGGAAGUUUGAUCCGAAAGGUUAUAUCGAUUGCCGAAUUGGGCGGCGAUUGGAUACUAUUGGCUAUACUGUCAAUCAUUCUUGCAUUUCUCAGCUUCGUUAUGGAUAUUGUCAUUCAUUUUUGUUUCCACGUACGUGAUUGGCUUCAAGAAAGCAUAUCCGACGAGUUUGUCUACAAAUAUCUUCUAUGGAUAGCAUUCAGUGUGUGUCUCAUCUUGUCUUCAGCCAUAUUUGUGCGAUAUGUGUCCCCACAGGCGGCUGGAAGUGGUGUCGGAGAGAUGAAGGUCAUUUUACGAGGAGUUGUGUUAAAAGGUAGUGGAUUACCCCUCGGCAAAGAAGGACCGUUUGUUCACAUGGCAGCGAUGGUAACCAAUCAACUCAUUAAACUAUUUCCCAUCCGAAGUCAGAAUGAAUACGAGUCCAGAUUUCUAGAUCUGAUAGCUGUUGCGUGUGCUGUCGGUGUGGCCACUACUUUUGCAGCUCCAGUCGGUGGAGUGUUGUAUAGCAUAGAAAUCGUUUCUGUAUUCUUCUCCGUCCGGUCGUAUUGGAUGGGAUUCUUUGCCGCCACUAUCGGUGCUCUCUUCUGGCGACUCUUCACUGUUUGGUCUCAUAUGGAGGACAAUAUCACUCAUUUGUUUAAAACCAAUUUUCGCAGAGAAUAUCCAUACGAGACGUUGGAAUUAAUCUCAUUUGCCAUUUUGGGUAUAUUCGCGGGCAUCAGUGCCUUUCUAUUUGUCACUCUUCAGCGCCAUAUCGUGCUCUUCAAUAGAAAGCGAACCACUUUUCAUAUAAUUCUUCAACGAUAUCCCCUUAUAUACCCGGUUCUGGUCACAACCAUUAUAUGUCUCGUAUCAUUCCCACCAGCUUUUGGACAGUAUUACGGGUCGUGGCUCUCAUCAGAACAAUCAAUGCAUGAAUUGUUUAGUAACUAUACGUGGGGGACAAUUGCCGAUCAGAUAGAUAAAGACGAAAUCAUUGAUAAUUGGAAGACACCCAACACUUCAGUAUAUGUGACUACAUUCUUGUUUUUUGUCAUGAAUCUAGUGAUUGUAGCGCUUGGAUCAACACUACCCGUUCCCAGUGGUCUUAUAAUACCGAGCUUUAAAAUCGGUGCCGGACUCGGAAGAUUUUACGGGGAAUGGAUGGCAUAUAUAUUUCCAAAGGGAAUAAAUCCAUAUUACGACAGAACAGAUCUCCCGAUCAUUGCCGGAGCUUACGCUGUGGCCGGUUCUGCGGCCUUUGCCGGCGCCAACACAGGUGCUCUAUCGUCGGCGGUCAUCAUAUUUGAGGUGACGGGACAAAUGACACACUUAUUACCCGUAAUCAUAGCGGUUAUCACUGCAACUCUGGUCGCCCAACGACUCGGCCCUUCCAUAUAUGAUAUUGCCGUAUUUGCCACCAAUAAUUCAAUCAAGUUCUUCAGCGCAGUAAUCAUAGCGGUUAUCACUGCAACUCUGGUCGCCCAACGACUCGGCCCUUCCAUAUAUGAUAGUCUUAUUAAACUUAAAAAGUUGCCGUAUUUGCCACCAAUAAUUCAAUCCAGUUCUUCAGCGCACAGACUAUUUGUUCAAGAAUUCAUGGAAAGAGAUCUGAUGUACGUCUGGGAGGGCUGUUCUUAUAGAUAUUUAAGGCAUUUAUUGAACUCCAAAAAGCAUCUCAAUAUCUACCCGUUUGUCAAAUCGCCGGAAACAAUGAUUUUAUUGGGAACUGUUGAACGAAUUGAAUUACAAAAUCUCUUAGAAAGUCAUUUAAGUAAAGAUCAAAUGAUUGACGACUUGAAGAAAUCACCGCCAGUGAUGACUAAGCCGUCGCCCACGUGUCCCAUACACGGACAACAGCCGAGGUUUCACGUGGCGACCAUUCCUGAAAAUGAAGUGUUGGAAAUAACAUCCGUUGGAAAACACGUUUGGGAAGAGAAUCAAUUGGAAAAAUUAGUUGACUUUACCGCUUGUCCUAUAGAUCCGGCGCCCUUUCAAUUAGUGGAGGGAACUUCUUUGAUGAAGGCCCACAAUAUGUUCUCCUUAUUGGGUCUUCAAUUGGCUUUUGUGACAGUUUUAGGGCGUCUUAUCGGUGUUGUGGCUCUUAAAGAGAUCCGGAAAGCGAUCGAACAAAUGAAUUCCAGAGAACUUCCGCGAAAAAAGAGUGACUCUUCCCCUGAAUCUAAGCCUUUGAAUGCAUAA